UCGUGUGUCAGCUAGCUGUUAGCUGGGGCUAACAGGAGCUCGGUGUGCCAGACCUGUAACAGUCCCACACAGUCUUCGUUUAUGCCAGGAAACAGCUGUCGUUCGUGUAGAGAGGGGUUCACUGUUCAUGUUUUAUGUCUGUCAAUGUUUAACACCAAAGAGGAUGACGGACUAUGAGGAAAACAAAGAUAAAUUAACCAGCCCCAAUAGAACAGCGAAGCUCCAGGUAAUCUACAGUUGGACUGCCGUCUUCUGCUAGCUGCAUCCUGAGGAGGAAAGCUCUGAGAUUUUACAAGGACUGGAUGCGGAAGGAGGAUAUGAGGCAAGCUCAACAGCUAAUGCUAACUAUGAAUGCCAUUUCACACUUUCAGUGGGAUGUCAAAGUGCCAAAAGAUCAUACAGCUGAACACCCAGCUGGGGUUAGGGUGGAGAAAAGCAGCAUUGGUAUAGAAAGGGCACAAGAAUAUGCAAGGACUUUCAACCUCCACUGAGAUCUAUAAAUAUCCGCGAUACAGAACUGUUGUCCUCAACAAACCAGCCUUGGUCACCAUGCUGUCUACGUUGGAAGUGCCAUCGUAGAGAGAAGAUACCGUGCCUCAAUCUGCUGCACGGUUUUUUUGAGCUCCAGCCUUGGAGGAAGCUUUCCAGCUUUUGUCUAACCCAAAACAGUGGAGAUGGGCUCCCAAGCUCUACAGAUUUUGCGGCAGGGUGUGUGGGCUUCACUCACAGGAGGCUGGUAUGUGGACCCCCAUCAGAGCACAUUCUCCAACUGCAUCCACCUGUACCUGUGGAUCUUUUUCCUGGCCUUCCCUUUUCUUCUGUACAUGGCUCUUCCUCCAAGCUUGGUGGUGGCAGGCGUGUACUCUGCUGUGGUAGCGAUCUUCUUUACCGCCAUUAAGGUGGUUAACUACCGACUUCACGCCAUGUUCGACCUCGGUGAGAUUGUCGAGAAGAAGCAGGCUUCUCUCGCAGCUGACGCCCCGAGGACAGAAGAAGGGGAUGAUGGAUCAGGAGCUCAUGAUGGAAAUCAACACAGGGAUAGUCAUGUUGGUGUGGAGAUGACUGUUUUUCGGAAGGUUAACUCGACUCCCCCGGUUCGCUGCAGCUCCCAGCAUUCUCUUUUCGGAUUGAACCAAGUGUCGGAGUUUUUGCCCCAGCUUGAGGAUGUAGGACGAACUACUGAUCUCAAAGAAUUAACACAGGCACAGGGAAGCAAUAAUGUAAUUGUGACUUCGGCCCAUCGUGCGAUUUUACGUCAGAGCUCCCAGGACGCACAAAGGCCCUCCAGAACGGUCCAGUCCUGCAUCUCUGACUCUCCAGGAGGCGAAUUUCCCGGUCUCAUUGGAGUUCCUGGAGUGUCAUCUGGACCUGAAGUUCCUGGAGGAUGCUUGUCCAUCCCGCCUUCACCUUUAAGUCAAGGAGAUGGAGGCGAGAAGGAGCAGCCGAAGGACUUGCCAAAACAAUCGUCUCAUCAGAGUCCCAAGGACAAUGGGUUGGGAACAUAUUGUCCACUUGGGCCCUCUGCCGAAUCUGAAAGCUUAGCCGAUACACCCCUCAGCCCUCUUAUAAAGAGCAGCUUAAGCGAGGAGCUAAGCGAAAACCUCAUGGGUUUGGGUCUGGACCCCGGAGCUUUUGCUCCGGGAACUGAGCACCCAGGCAGCCGCAGCGGGGUGGCUUUGGCUGCGGGGUCCACAGACAGCUGCUUCAGUGCAGGUGGAGCUACCACAGACCGUGAGACACUAAGCACUGUGAGCAGCUACCGCUCUGAGAAAACGGACUCCACUCAGUUAGAAAGUCCAUCGUUGAGCCAGUCACGGAAUACGGAUGGACAGACGCCUGCUGCAGCACCGGUGUCAGGUUCUAUUGCUCUGAAAAACACAGAGGAUGCAGGCGGACAGGGUGGCAGUGACACUGACAACCUGUCGGACAGUGUGCUCCUGCGCUCCCCUUCCAAAGAGUUGUCCAUCAGCCAGGGCUUAGACCGGACGCUUGUUGAGGAGGACUUACCCCCUGCACACUCUGAUAUUGCACAGCCCCCUCCUCUCCAGAACUCUUCCCCUUCAAGUAGUGGCCACUCAGAGGUGUGUGACUUGGACAGAAAAUCUCAUGGUCCUCCUCUCCCCCCACCUCGGCAGGCCAAUUCAGUGCCUUCAGGGCUGGCCCUGGGUCUAGUGUGUUCUGAGCCUGCUUUGCCCAUAUCCUCCACCCCGUUGUUACUGUCUGACCCGCCUGCGCUCCAAGCCCAGCAGGUCGUUCGUCCUAAAGACUUAAAGCUGCUGCGGGCUGGCGGCGGAAACAUGGGCCACAGGCCGGGCCGAAGGAAAGCUCCCAGACGGCGAACAGGAGCGGGCAGCAGUAGUUUCGACUGCGGCUCUUACAGGCGUCACCACAAUCACAGGCAACACAGAGAUUACAUCCCGGUGCGCAGCCGGCUGGGGGCUAAAGCUUACAGCGAAAGCUUGUUUGAGGACUCCAGUGACGAGGACGACGGCAGUGACAUUAGUGCCGGAUCCAGCCUGGGCUCCCAGCGCAGAUACAGCUCAGACGAGGACAACGACAACGACGACGACUCGAGUUCCUCUACCUCUUGCUACUCCUCAGACCUCGCCAACAUCAACAUUACAUCCCUUCUCUCCACUGCUGCUCAACUUCCUGCUCCAAGGGAGGACGAUUUACCCGAAACCUCGGCCCCCUCUCACUCUCGUGCUGCUCAGCGCUCCUCUAGCACAGCGAGCGCUAAGACUCAUGCGAGGGUACUAAGUAUGGAUGGAGCUGGCGGGGGCCAGAGCAACGCAGCUACCACGCCCUCCGUGCUUCUUCCAAUGCCCUCCACGUCCACCCCGGCUCCCCGUACCCUUACUAUGUCUAAGUCUGAUUUGGAAGCCCGGACUAUACACACCGACGGCUUCCCUGUAUGCCAUCGUCAUCAUCGGCUGGAUUCUCUUGGAGGGUCUUGGACCGGCAACCAGAUGGGUUGGAGGGCAGGAGAGCUGGUUGAAGAGGGAGCUGUGGGUGGAGCUUUAGGUCCAGAAGACGGAAGCAAACAUGAAUGCAUGACGAGCGUGAAGAGGACCCAGGCGAUUCGCCGGAGGCACAAUGCCGGGAGCAACCCCACACCCCCACCUUCAACAAUGGGGUCGCCUCCCAGCCUCCAAGACCUUCAGCGUGUUCGGACCUCGUCUCACUCACGCACCCGCACGCUGCCAUCAGCCUUACAGUUUGCAUCUUCGCUCCUACUCCCCCGCAGCGGCAUCCAUGAGGCCUCCAACUUUGACGACACAUCCGAGGGAGCUGUGCACUAUUUCUACGAUGAAAGCGGAGUGAAGAGAUCAUACACUUUUGGACCUUCUGGAGGUGGUUAUGAGGACCCGGUUCAAGAAAGAGAGAGGCAGUCCCAGUCAUCAAGCUUCACCUCCACUGAGGUUCAGGAUGGAGCUCCAGUCCUGUCCAUCCUCCAGCCCAGACCCGUGGUUCUGCAGGGCAUGCAGGUCCGCAGGGUGCCGCUCGAAAUGCCGGAGUUUGAUCUUGAUCACGAAUCCCUCCAAGAAUCCCAUGAGAAUACUCUGAUGAUUGAGGAGAAAGCCAAGCCUAAGCAGUACUACCGGUUUUGGGUGCUGCCUGGAAAGUGGUUGAGGGUUCGAUACGAUCGACUGGCUCUUCUGGCUCUGUUGGACAGGAAUCGCCGUGUGGGAGAGAACGUGUUUUCGGUGUUGUUGGCCAGCCUGGUGGCCUUCCUGGGGUUUCUGCUCCUGCUUCAGGGCUUUUUCAGGGACAUCUGGGUCUUCCAGUUCUGCUUGGUUAUUGCCAGCUGCCAGUACUCUCUACUGAAGAGCGUACAGCCGGAUGCCGCCUCCCCGAUGCAUGGCCAUAACUGGAUCAUUGUGUACAGUCGGCCUGUUUACUUCUGCUUGUGUUGUGGGAUGAUCUGGAUAUUUGACCUGUCUGGGCGAGCUGGAAGUCUGCAGCCAUUUUCCCUCUAUGGGGUCACUUUCUUCUCUGGACACUUCCUGCUGUAUGUCAGGGACAUGCUUAUUGUUUUUGCCUUGUGCUUUCCGGUCAUUUUCCUGUUUGGGUUGCUACCUCAGGUCAAUACAUUUGUGAUGUGUCUGCUGGAGCAGAUCGACAUGCACAUUUUUGGUGGAACCGCUACUACCAGCCCGCUCUCGUCUCUGUUCAGCCUCAUACGCAGCAUAGUGGUGGCAGCUCUGCUCUAUGGAUUUUGCCUCGGCGCCAUUAAUGCCCCUUGGGGGGAUGCCCAUGUGCCAGUGCUGUUCUCCGUGUUUUGUGGUCUACUUUUGGCCUUGUCCUACCACCUAAGCCGCCAAAGCAGUGACCCAACCAUUCUCUGGUCACUGGUCCGGUCCAAAUUAUUCCCAGAACUGGAGAACAGAACACCAGAAGAUCCCCCUGUGGAAAUCAAAGAUCCUCUCCCUGAGAAGCUGCGUAACUCUGUGAGUGAGAUUCUUCAUUCAGACCUCGUCAUGUGUCCGCUCAUGGCUGUGAUUACCUUCGCCAUCAGUGCCAGCACCGUUUUCAUCGCUCUACAGCCUGCUCUCAGCUUCGUCCUGUACAUCCUGGCUGGAGUUGUAGGGUUCGUUACACACUAUCUCCUGCCUCAGCUCCGUAAACAGCUGCCAUGGUUCUGCCUUGCACACCCUGUGCUACGAUCCAGAGAGUACAGCCAGUUUGAAGUCCGAGAUGCUGCUCAGUUGAUGUGGUUUGAGAAGCUGUACGCGUGGCUUCAGUGCGUAGAGAAAUACUUCAUCUACCCAGCAGUGGUGCUGAAUUCUCUAACAACCGAAGCCCGAACUGUCGGCCAGAGUCAUAAAGAUCUGGACAUCUACAGCCGAGCUCUCUUCAUCUCAGUCGCAGGAAUGAAGCUGCUGCGCUCAUCCUUCUGCACCCCGUCUCAGCAGUACGUCACGCUGUGCUUUACCACGCUCUUCUUUCACUGCGACUAUCCACACUUCUCGGAGACCUUCCUGAUCGACUACUACUUCAUGUCCAUCGUCUUCAGCAAGAUGUGGGAUCUGCUGUACAAGUUGCGCUUUGUUCUGACUUACAUAGCCCCCUGGCAGAUCACAUGGGGCUCAGCCUUUCACGCUUUUGCUCAACCGUUUGCCGUUCCUCACUCUGCUGUGCUUUUCGUUCAGGCAGUCUUCUCCGCCAUCUUUUCCACGCCCCUCAACCCAGUUCUGGGCAGCGCCGUGUUCGUCACCUCUUACACGAGGCCUGUGAAAUUCUGGGAGCGAGACUACAACACAAAGCGGGUCGACCAUUCGAACACCAGACUCGCCACUCAGUUAGACCGCAACCCAGGCGCCGACGACAACAACUUGAACUCGAUUUUCUACGAGCACCUGACACGCUCUCUGCAGCACAGCCUGUGUGGCGACCUGCUGCUCGGUCGCUGGGGCAACUACAGCACGGGCGACUGCUUCAUCCUGGCGUCGGACUACCUCAACGCUCUGGUGCACAUCAUCGAGAUUGGCAACGGCCUCGUCACCUUCCAGCUGCGUGGGCUGGAGUUCAGAGGCACGUACUGUCAGCAGAGGGAGGUAGAGGCCAUCACAGAGGGGGUGGAGGAGGACGAAGGCUGCUGCUGCUGCGAACCAGGUCAUCUGCCGCAGAUGUUGUCUUUCAAUGCUGCGUUUGGACAGCGCUGGCUGGCCUGGGAAGUGGCUGCCACCAAAUAUGUUCUGGAGGGCUACAGUAUCAGCGACAAUAACGCAGCCUCCAUGUUGCAAGUAUUCGACCUGCGCAAGAUUCUCAUCACCUAUUAUGUGAAGAGCAUCAUCUACUACGUGAGUCGGUCCCCUAAGCUUGAGGAGUGGCUGGCCAAUGAGGCGAUCCAGGAGGCUCUGCGGCCGUGCCUUGCCCCAAACUACGUGGACAGCGACCCCACCUUCAACUUGAACAUCGACGAGGACUACGACCACCGAGCCUCGGGCAUCACCCCCUCCUCAUUCAGCAUGGUUUACCUCGACUGGAUUCAGUACUGCAACAGCAGGCGCCAAACGCCGGUCACUUGUGAGAGGGAUUCCCCGCUCGUCAACUUGUGUUUUGGCCUGUGUAUCCUGGGAAGAAGAGCUCUGGGCACAGCGUCUCACAGCAUGUCUGCAAGUUUGGAGCCGUUCCUCUACGGCCUGCACGCGCUUUUCAAAGGAGACUUCCGCAUCACGUCGCCCAGGGAUGAGUGGGUGUUUGCAGACAUGGACCUGCUGAAUCGAGUCGUGGCGCCAGGAGUUCGAAUGUCCCUCAAACUGCAUCAGGAUCAUUUUACGUCUCCAGAUGAGUACGAGGAUCCGAUGGUUCUGUAUGACGCAAUCACUGGCAACGAAGAAAAGAUGCUGAUUUCCCAUGAAGGUGACCCGGUGUGGCGCAGCGCCAUCCUGGCCAACAUGCCGUCGCUGCUGGCGCUGCGACACAUCAUGGACGACGGCAGCGACGAGUACAAGAUCAUCAUGCUCAACAAGAGAUUCCUCAGCUUCAGAGUCAUCAAGGUGAACAGAGAAUGUGUGCGUGGGCUGUGGGCCGGCCAACAGCAGGAGCUGGUUUUCCUGCGUAACCGUAACCCAGAGCGAGGGAGCAUUCAGAACGCCAAACAGGCCCUGAGGAACAUGAUCAACUCCUCCUGCGAUCAGCCCAUCGGUUACCCGAUAUACGUGUCCCCGCUCACCACCUCGUACGCCGGGGGUCACGGCCAGCUCCGGUCGGUGUGGGGCGGCCCGGUCAGCCCACACAACAUCUACACAUGGCUCAUCAGCAGCUGGGAUCGGUUGCAGAAAGGCUGCGGCGCCGGCUGCAACAGUGGCGGAAACAUCGAGGAUUCAGACUGCGGAGGAGGCUCCACUUCCAUCUCCACUAACCCAGCCAUUCACACCACGCAGAGUACGCCAGCCUCCGGCCUGCCUCAGCCGCACAUCACCACUGUCCAGCCCUCCAUGGGUACAGACAACCCUGCAGGCCCAACCCAGAGAUGGCCCUGCCACCCUCAGCCUCUCCAAGUGGCUCUGCUCAGCCAAUCAGAGAGCAGGAUGGAGGCUGGCCUGCUGUCCUCUCUGCAGCGGACGUCCUCCAUCCAGGGGCUCCUGGGACAGCAGCUCUCCAGCUCCCAGCUCUCCUUCAGCAGCUCCAUGGUUCCGCCGCCUCUGCCUGCCCCGGAGCACUUCUGCCCAGCAGCCCUGCUGGAGACCUCGAGCCACAGGUUGAGCCACAGGAGCGGCCUGCACUGUGACAGCCACUUUGGCAAGUGGAGCUUUUCGGGCAGGAAGGGCUUUAACGGGCCGGCCGCCAUGGAGAUUGAAGGAGGGCCGGUACAGACGAUACGCACACAGCCUCCUCCUCCUUCAGCACCACUGCAGGAGGCCGGUCUCACACACGACCCGCUCGGAGCCACUCAGACGCUGGACCCGACCCUGCUGGCUUCAGCGGACGCUCCCGCUUCAAAAGAGGAAUCCACAGAGCUGCCUUUACUUGAUCAACUCCGCUGACUUUUGCACUGGCGACAUUUUCUACGACGAAAGCACACUGUGGGACCCAAUCCGCCCCACUCCGACCAGACGCAUUCCAGUCGCUCCGGGACUCAUUCCACCAAUCCCCGCCUGAAUCUGGGGGCAGAAACGUCCCGCCGCAGCCGGAGCGGCUCAGCGCGCAGCAGACCGCGGAGUGAAUUUAGCCAACUUCACAAGUCAGGUUUCAUCAUGAGAUCUGAUCGUCUACCUUUUUUUUUUUUUUUGUCUCUACGGACAACCUUUGGGUUGUAACAGAAGUGACAGGCCAGAAAGGCCAGUGCAAUUAAAAGGGAUAUUUUGCUUCAGGAGUGCUUAUUUUUCUAUACCAGAGAAAAGAAUCUAGCGUCUGACAGUCUUUUACUCGACAGACGCAGCGACAUGUUUCUUUUUCAUCGAUUUAAAAAAAAAAAAGAAAAAAAAAAGAGAGAUCAGUAGGUUACUGUACCUGACGUGUGGAAACCAUGAAAAGCCUUGUUUAGUUUCCCCCCGUUACCGCAUCCUGACUGCACCUGCGGCCGAGCGUCGAUAUCUGACGGAGCGUAUUGACAAACUUCAGGAGCCUCCGCGGUGCCUCUCUCCACCGCACGCCGCGUGGAAACAGAAAUAACACCCAGUCCUCUGAGGAGCAUGGCCAGAUCAGCAGUUAACGAAAACAUCCCCUCACCCAGACCAACGGGCGGUGCGCCAACGGCGAGUUUACAGAUUAUUUGGGCCUGUAAGGAGUCCUGAAUUGAAAGGUUGAGAUGUGGCAGACGGAAUGGGCCAAACGGAGGCUCCUCUGUCUGAAAACAUGGGGCUUAAAAACCUAUGAACUGGGGGUUAGAAAUGUCAAACCUUUUUGUUUCAGUGAGUUGAAUGUCCUUUCUUUAUUUUUGUUUUGUUUGUUUUUUACUUGAACAAUCCCAAGUUCCUCAGUGAUUAAAAACACACUGAGUUUGCUUUUUGUUUGAUAAACGAUCAAUAAAAGCCUGACCGGUUAGAUCCAGCCGGCUGUCGGCUCUCCAGAUAGCAGGGAUUCAUGCUGCUCAUUGUGGGGAGCAGCGCUUCCUCCGCCUCUCCCGUUACUGUACUACUGCUUCUGCGUCCCCUGCUACUACUAAUGGACCCACUACUACUGCAGUUUCCUCCACAGUUAAAUCCAGCGUUUUAGUUGGAACUUUACACCGCGGAAUAAAUGGUAAAAGCAAAGGCGAAAUAUUUAUUUGAUUAACGUUGUCUUACUGAUUAUCUUUUAUGGGCGGGGCUGCCUAUGUGGUGUGCUGAUGUAUUUGCCUUCUGUCAAUUGCAUCCUCUCUUUCUCCCAUCAGUUUGUCUAAAAAUGUAUCAUCAGUACCAAGAGUUGUGUUUAAAGGGAUAGUUUGCAUAUUUGAAGUGAGAUUUUGGAAGCACUUUUGACCAGUAUGUAUCUUAUUUUGAGACUAAUCAGAAUUUUCAACUCACUUGUUAAUAUUAAUUUUAACUGCAUAAAAUAUUUUUUCUAGCCUCUCUGGCUUCAGUGGUCAAUAAUUAUAUCACGAUUAAAGGCAACAUUACAGUAUUUUUAUUUAUUUAAAAUGGGAACGAAAUGAUUACUGGGUUAACAUUUUAAACUGGCUUAGCAUCUCAUGUAGUAAAAACCAGUUAGCUCAGUCUGUGUGUACAUUUUAGAGAACAUAGAUCUUUCACACUUAGAUUUCUACAAGGCUGCUUACAUUUUCAGAUCCAAUAUGUAUUUCAGACAGAUUUGCAGUAAGUCUUGCUCUCUCUCGCUUUCCCACAGCCCGAGAGAACAAAUCGUCACGUGUCAACAUAUCGCAGCUUCUUGCAUCUCUGCACUUAAUUGCUAAUUUCUUAUUCAUUUUUAGUCGUAUUCACUCAAUAACCACCUCUACACUGAAGAGUGUAGUUGCUGAGCUUUGAUCAUGAUCGAGAAUCAGCCGAUUCCAGUCACCUUUUUUUCCCCCCUCCUCUUUAAGUUAUAUCGGAUCAUUCCUCCGAGUAUCAAUGGGGAAACCAAAUUUAGAAAAGGGUCUAAAUAAAUGAAUAAAUCUUACUUUAAAGCUGGUCAAGAACUUUUUUUAAAAAACUGGAUCAUUGUUCAAAAAGUGAUUUUGGUUACUCAACGUUUAUGAAACAUGUUGGGACUGAAAUCAAGUUUCCUGCAGAUGUUUUCAUGCUGAGCAUCUGAUACCUUCCUCAUUACGGAGGAGAGUUUAAUCUACUGUCCAUCAGUGCUUCACGCAAAACCAUUUCCAAAUAAACAAAUCGUCUCUUUAAGCCUGUAGCAUGACUGGAAAUAUUCCUGAGAACUCAAAUUUAGUUUUUCUCCUUUCCACUUUUCCUUUUUUUUUUUUUUUUAUACCGCU